ACAUCAACACUUUAGCACAAGCUAAUCAAAAUGUCCGUUAUGGAUGUCUUACGUCCCGCUCUUAUUAAUAUAAAUGGACGAAUAUAUCGUAGAAAUACAGUUAAAGAAGAGGAAUACUAUGAGGAAGAAGAGGAUUUCUCGAAUAUGGAAACGCCAGAGCGGGAGGAACUUCUAGAUGAUGAAACAUGUGACAGCUACUACAUAGAACAAACAGACAGAGGAUACCGCUGUGCUUUAGAUGUCCCAAGUGCUCUUUACAAAUACAUCAUUGGGAAAAAAGGAGAAACACGCAGACGGCUGGAGUCUGACACUAAAACAUCCAUCAACAUCCCUAAACAAGGAGUGGAAGGACAGAUAGUGAUCACAGGCUCCCAAAAAGCCGCAGUCUCAUCGGCAGUCACUCGAGUGGAGGUUCUUGUGGAAAGUUUCCGCAAGAAACAGCCUUUCACUCACUUUCUAUCGUUCCCUCUGAAUGAUCCAAAAAUCCAAGAAGGAUUUCUUAAAUUCAAAGAUGAGGUGCUGCUGCAGUGCUCUCAGGAUUAUGGAGUUGAGGAAAGCAUUUUUCAAAACCCUGCAAAGCUUCAUCUGACUAUUGGCACCCUGACUCUACUAAAUGACAUGGAAGUGCAGAAAGCCUGCGCAUACCUUCAGGAGUGUGAAAGUUUCAUCAGGGACAUUGCAGAAGGAAAGUCUCUGUUGCUGGAAGUGGCCGGUAUAGAGUACAUGAAUGAUGAUCCAGGCAUGGUGGAUGUCUUGUAUGCCAAAGUCAAUGUGAAAGAUGGAUCUGACAGAUUGCAAAUGAUCGCAGACCGGCUGGUGGAACAUUUCGUCUCUGCAGGGCUGAUGGUCCGAGAGUGGGACAGAGUGAAGCUGCACGGCACUGUGAUGAACACCCUGUUCAGAAAAGACUCUGCAGUUAAAGAAACGGGAGGAGCAGGAAGACAAACCACAACUCAAAGAGAGGCUUUUGAUGCCAGGAACAUACUAAAGAAAUUUGGUACUUACAGUUUUGGAGAGUUUGAGCUGAACACCAUCAAACUGUCUCAGAGAUAUUCAACAGACUGUACGGGAUACUACACAUCAGCUGGGAGUAUCAUCUUCUCCUGAAGAGGAUGAUAGAAAUAUGUUAUUGUGCAAAGGACCCCAUUUGAAAUCAUUUUAAGAGGAAUCCGAGGAAGUUAUAUAGUUUGUCCUGUAGGUGGCAGCAAAGAGUUUAUUUUCUACUCAUGGAAAUGAUCUCUAUCUGUAAAGGUUUCAAUCACAUUUGUUCCCUUUGAGAGUUUGAUGCAGAAAACUUUUGAUAUUUAACAAUAAAAAUUCAAAGGAAAAACUGUCUGAACUUUCAAUUGAAGAUACUCGGAGCCUGAAGGUUUUUUAGUUUGGUAAUUUAGUCUUCAGGGAGUUGACUUGGUUGAAGUUGUGUGACUAAAAACAGAGUUAAAGCAAAUAUCAAAGAGAAAAUGCAUUCAAAAGAAAAAGUAAUAAAAGCUGGAAAUCACUGAAGACCUGCAGAACUCAUAAAAACUUUUGUCUUUUUGAGCGAAAAGAGAAUUGUAUUGUUUUCUUCUAUUGAGUUUGCUUCAAACUAAUAUUUAGGUAUGCUUUUUAAAUAAAAUUUAUAUCAAAUGACAACUAAAAAAAUUUGGAAAUGUAAAACCAUUUUUAAAGCAAACUUGUAAAGGAAACUUACCUUUUCUCAGUAAUUAUUAACUCAAAAUGCACAAAAACCCUAAAAAAAAAUGAAAAUAAUUUUGAAAGAAAAACCUCAUCCGGAAGUCAGAUAUGAUUGAAUGAUCCAUCUCCCACCUCGUCAUAGAAGAAGUCGGUGCAGAAGAGUGCGUUUAAUAAUUUAGUCCUCCCUGCACCACCUCACCUGACAGAUGUAGCAGCAGAAAAAUGCUGUCGUCCUUCAAUCUGCUCUGUUUCUUUAAGCAUUCGUUAACCUGCACAGAGUCUCACUGCUUAAAUGUAAAUGUAGUUGUAUUUAUAUGUUAUAAAAAAAGCUGCAGUGUCACACAAAUCCUGAAAACCUGCUUCUCAUAUUUCUGUCUGGUGAAUGUGUUAACACGUCACUGAGACUUUUGAUCCCCAUCUAUGAUUCCCAGUAUUCCUAGAAUAUAGGAAAUGUAAGACGGAGACCACAUGUCGGCGCUUUGUUGUUAGACUUUAUCUUCCACCAUCGGGGAAGCUUUUGCCCGCCAUGCAGAAGGUGAAUCCUGCAGCCUAAAGGUUGCACAGAUAAGAAGUGGCUUUUGUGCUAUUCUGGGCUGUUAUGCUAACCAUUGCAAAAGUGUUGUGAUUUGCAUUCGUUUCCUAGAUAUCAUUAAAUAAAGUAAAUCUGCCUCAGUAAAACAGUAUUGUUUUGUAUGCAGACCAACAGCCCAAACUAACAGAUGCUUUAUGUCACAGCAUCCCUCACAACAGACAUCCUCCUUACUGAUAACAGCUGAAAGAUCACACAUCAUCAUAAAAAACGCAAGAUAACAGGAAAUAAUAAAUGUUUAGGGUUUAUUAAUCUGCACUAGAAAUGCAUUUUUAUUUGAUGGAAAAAGCCCAUUUAUGACUUGAUGCUAAGUCAUUUUUAUCCAUAAAGUAGCACUUUAUAGAUAAAAAGCAAACUAAAUGCAACCUAUUCUUUCAGUUUUUACAAAUUCAGGGUUUUUAAUUCAAUAGAGGUCAUUGUGAUAUGGGAGGCGUUCACCAAGUAUGUGCACUAAUAUAUAAGAGUGGUCUGUCUAAACGCUAAACCAAGAAAAGUAAGAUUGCAAGUGAGUUCAAAAAUUUUUUAUACUUGGCUCAAAGUAUGUAUCUUUUAAAUAAAAGUAAAUAUAUAGAAGUUGCAAUUAAGAAAAGAGAAGACGUGCUCAAUCAUUAGAUUGUACGUCUUGUACAAAAUCCAAUAAAAUAAUGAUACAGAAAAGCAAUAUACCCCAAGAACUGACUGACAUACGCUGUUCUAUUUCCACUGAGGAGUAAAGAUGAACACUCAAAAAA